AUGUCGACCGAUGCCGCAACCCCACACGCCAUGGAUACCGAUGCCCCGGCUCCCACGCUACCCUCCGAUGAGCACGCACCCACAGCGUCGCAGCAAACAUACCACCAAAUCGCCGCAUCCCACAUCGAGGCCCUCAACAAGCUCAACAGCAACUUGCCCGACAUCCUCGCUCUGAUCGCUGCCGCCCUCUCCCAGCUCACCAACAACCCCAUCCAGUCCGAACCACGAGAAGACUCGCCCCAGUCGCGCAACAUGGACACUCUCGCCUUCGGCAACGCGAUAAAGUCCUUCAUGCAGGACUUCCGCGCCACGCUGAUCGACCAGAUCAACGACCUGGAGCGCUACAAGGUCAUUCCUGCAACCAUGCCCAAGUUCACGGCGCUACCAAGCGCAAUGCCCGGUGUGGGAGGCGCCCAGCAGCAGCAGCAAUCGCAAGCAGCGCUGAAGCAAGACCCAGAUGCUGGUGUUCAGAACGGGGGGUAUGGAGACUUCGACGUGGGUGUCUUGAACGCGAGGGUUGCGGCUGGGCAGGUAGGAGGGGAUGAUGCCCUGGACAGGGUGAAGGCGGUGCUGGACGCGCUUCUGGAGAGGAGUGGGCAGAAGACGGAGGGAGAGGAGAUGGCGGUAGACGGGUGA